CAGGGUGGGGGUGGCCGGGCUCGGAGCCCCCCACUCCGAGGGCUCAGGGCCCCACCCGAGGCCACAUGGGGCCAGGCCCUUUCCCCCCCCAGCCCCACCCUUUCCUGCCGCCGCCGCCUUCCGGGUGUCCCGUGGCUGGCAGGAGGCUCUGCGGCUGUCGGGGCGUCCGUCUGUCCUGCCCUGGCCUGCUGCCACCAACCUGAGUCCAUCUGUCCAUCUGCCCCACCCGUCACCACCACCCUGACGCCAUGUACACGGCGCUCCCCAAAAGCGGUUCCCCUUUCGGCCCCGCCGCCACCCGCCCGGGGCUGCACAUCUGGCGCGUGGAGAAGCUGCAGCCCGUGGAGGUCCCCAAGGCGACGUGGGGUGUCUUCUUCUCGGGGGAUGCCUACCUGGUGCUGCACAACGGGCCGGAUGAGCGAGCCCACCUCCACCUCUGGAUUGGCCGGGAUUCCUCGCGGGAUGAGCAGGGCGCCUGCGCCCUCCUCUCCACCCAGCUGAACGCGCUGCUGGGCGAGCGCCCCGUGACGCACCGCGAGGUGCAGGGCAACGAGUCCGACGUCUUCAUGGAGUACUUCCCCCACGGCAUCACCUACCAGGAGGGCGGCGUGGACUCGGCGUUCAAGCCCACCCGCCCCGGCACCGGGCCCGUGCGCAAACUCUACCAGGUGAAGGGCAAGAAGAACAUCCGGGCGAGCGAGCGGAGCCUGGCCUGGGCCAGCUUCAACACCGGCGACUGCUUCAUCCUCGACCUGGGCGAGACCCUCUUCGUCUGGUGCGGGGCCAGGUGCAACGUGCUGGAGCGCAGCCGGGCGCAGGAGCUGGCCGCGGCCAUCCGGGACAGCGAGCGGGGCGGCAAGGCUCGCCUGGAGAUCGUGGUGGAUGGCGAGGAGCCACCUGAGAUGCUCCAGGUGCUGGGCCCCAAGCCCACCUUGCAGGAGGGCAGCCCCGAGGAGGACAUCGUGGCCGAUCAGAGGAACGCGGGGGCAGCCGUCCUCUACAAGGUGUCAGAUGCAACAGGGCGCAUGGACCUGAGCCAGGUGGCCGCGAGCAGCCCCUUCAGCCAGAGCCUGCUCUGCUCUGACGACUGCUUCGUGCUGGACAACGGCGCCGGCGGGAAGGUCUACGUCUGGAAAGGGCACAAGGCCAACGAGCAGGAGCGCCAGGCGGCCCUGAAAGUGGCCGAGGAGGUCAUCGCCCGCAUGGGCCGCUCGCCCCAGACACAGGUGGAGAUCCUGCCCCAGGGCCGCGAGACGCCCCUCUUCAAGCAGUUCUUCACCAGCUGGAAGUGAGGGAGUGGGUGCCAGUGGGGCCAGCGCCCGGCCCAGGGCAUCACCAGGCUUGUGCCAGCUGUGCCAGCUCCCUGCCGAUGCCUGCGCCUUGCUCUGCUGUCCCCGGGACGGUGCCCUCCCCAUCCCCACAUCAGUGUCAGCCCCAUCCCCAUCCCAUCCCAUCCCCAUCCCAUCCCGACAUCAUUCACAUCCCCGUGCCACCCCCAAGGCCAUGCCAUCUCAUACCAUCCCUGUGCCAUGCCGAAGCCAAUGCCACCCGUGUCUUUUCUCACCCCGUGCCCAUGUCACUCCCAUCCCUUUGCCAUCCCCGUGCCUUCUCCAUCCCCAAGCCCACGCCAUCCCCAUUCCUGUGCCAUCCUCAUGCCUUUGCCCAAACCAUACCCUUUCAUUCCCAUCCUCAUGUCCACGCCCUCCGCAGCCCCAGCCCCAUAACCCUGCCUUUGCCCACCCCGUGCCCACGUCACUCCCCUCCCCGUGCCCAUGCCACGGCCACACUAACGCUGCGCCAAGUCUCCCCGCCCUCGCUGCUGCCGUACCUCUGCCACCUUCACGCCCUCCCCACCACGCUACCCCCGUGCCCACGCCGCGCCACCUCCGUGCCCCAUCACCUCCGUGCCCGUGCCGCCCCCACGCUCACAUCGCCUUCUCGCCCACGCCACGCCCACGCCACCCCCCAUGCCCACGUCUCCCCCACCCCGUGCCCAGGCC